AUGAACAAGAAGAGAACCAGGCCGGGGGCUGUGGAGACAACCGAGCCGAUGGAGGCAUCAGAUCUGGACAAUCCGCGCUGUGCUUGCUACGCUGCGCAGUUCGACACAAGUGCACCAAACGAGACCAUCGACCCUGCAAUCGUGGAUGAUCCUGGGUUCAGCGAGACGAUCGCCCGCUUCCUGUCUGGCACCUCAUUGUCUGCAUUCAAGACGUCUUACACUUGCAUCACCCAGGCUCGCGCUCAGCCGGACCAGCUCUUUCUGGGGUGGAAUGGCAAGGUGACGCUCUGGCGUCCCCAGUCGACUAUCAACUUCGCAGCCUACGCGGGCGGGUACCCAACCGCCGAUCACGCGAUCUUCGCAGCUUAUCACCUGAACGAAGCGGUGGGCUACUGGAACGCGACCAAGUUCGGUGUGACGUUUAAGUGGGUGAAGAAGCUGGCCGAUGCCGAGUUCGUGCUGGCGUACGGCGGAGAUGGUGGAGACACUUUGGCAAGGGCCUUCUUCCCCAACGCAGAGGACCUCAACACGGUGUUUGUCUACAAGCGCGCAUUCGACCCUGACACGGUCAACUACCAGAGCAACAUCUUCGCACACGAAGAGGGCGGCGCGGUGCUCUUUGGCAAGACCAACCCCAACUCGGUUAUGUCCUACAAGUUCCCGCCGGUCAUCCAGAAAACCGACAAGGAGACCGUGCGCCGCCUGUACAAACUGCGCGAGGGUGACAAGAUCGAAAACUUCCUGGUUGACAAGGUUGCACCCAACAAUUGA